AUGGGCCCCUGUACCGCCUCCUCAUGCUGCUGCCAGGCCCGUAAUCUGCCAUGGGCCCCCGUACCGACUCCUCAUGCUGCUGCCAGGCCCGUAAUCUGUCAUGGGCCCCUGUACCGCCUCCUCAUGCUGCUGCCAGGUCCAGAGUGUGUCAUGGGUCCCUGUACAGCCUCCCAUUGCUGCUGUCUCCAUCGCCACACUCUGCCAUGUGCCACUUUCAGGUCUCCUCACACUGCUGGUGGGUUCCAUUUUGUCAUAGGGUGCUGUAUGGCCUCCCAUUGCUGCUGCCUCCACGGCCACACUGUGGCUCCACACUCUGGUUUUGGCCCCGUGACUGCCCAAAUGAGUGAAGUGUGCGGUGAUUCUAAGAUCGACGGCACUCAUCUGCAUGUCAUACUGACUGACAGUAUUAGUUCUCUUCCCCAGCAGACUCCAAGGGCAUUUAAAUUAAAGGUACAGUGUUCUGCACUAAUAUAA